CAGGAAGUAAAUGCUGGUUCCUGGGUUAUAGAGAGUGAGGCUGGGGAAGAGCAAUCAGCUCCUGCACAGCUCCAGGGAGAAGCGCUGUCUGAGCCCUGAAGAGUUCGUCUGUUAAUUUGUCCAUCUUUUCAGUGAUGAGACAGCGCUGGGAAGUAUGGAUAAAAAUAAUAUUGGAGAGCAGCUUAAUAAAGCUUAUGAAGCCUUUCGACAGGCAUGCAUGGAUAGAGACCAUGCUGUGAAAGAACUGCAGCAAAAAACAGAAAGCUAUACACAGCAAAUAUGUGAACAGCAGGAACAGAUAGAGUUUCAAAAAAGUACGAUUGCAAAACUUAAAUCACAGUUGGCUCCUGUGAAUGCCAACAGAGGUAGCGCACAUGGCCAUGUUCUGGUGCCUGAAGAUAGUGAAACAUGGAGAAAUGACACCUCCCCUAAUCUAACUUUUGAUCAGCUCCAUGAAAAACUGAAACUAGCAAUGCAAAGAGAGAAACUUUUAAAGGAACAGUUGGAAACCGAGAGCAUUAAAUUGAAGGAAACUGAGGAAGAAAACGUUCUAAAGGAAAAUAAACUUGUAUCUAUUAUUUCUGUUAAAGAAGAAGAAAUAAGAUUUCUAAAAAACAGAUUAAAAGAAAAAAGUGAAGCACAGGAUUGCAUACAGAUGCCAAUGUAUGAAAUGGAGAUUAAACAUACGAAGAUUGCUCCAGCUAGACAGGAUUUAUCUCCAGGGAUCCCUGAUAUUUUAACUGUGCAUGAAAGGGAAGAUCUAGAGAUGGUUUUCCAGGAGAUGAAGGAAGAGUGUCAUCGAAUAUGCACAUUAGCAAGAAAGCAAACAGACCAACUCAGUAAACUUAACAUAAAGAGAGAACCUGUAAAUGUCUGCUCGCAUGGUGCUCUGCAGUUCACUAAGAAAAUGCACCACGAGUUUUGGAAUUGUAUGAGGAACAUUCCAAAUUACAUGGAAAUUCCAUUUUCCAUGCCUAUUCAGUGUACUGAUAAAACUGAUGAACAAGCAGAAGAACUUUUAAAACCUCGGGUUAAAACAGAUAUAAAUAGAGGUGUAUCAUGCAUAACAUCUAUCACACCAAGAGGAGUGGGCCAAGAUGAGGAAGACAACUCUGUAGAAUCACUUUCUAAAUUUAGUGUCAAGUUUCCACCUACAGACAAUGACUCUACUUUCUUACAGAGCACUCCAGAUAAACCAACAGUUUCUUGUACUGCAAUAGCUGAAAAUAUGCUUCCAGAUCAUCAUUUUUACAUGGACCAGGAAGACCAUACUAUGAACCUGAGUAAAUUGGAAUGUAACACAUUAGAAACUCAUGGAGUUGACCACAUAACCUCAGCUAUGCAAAACCUAACUCCACUUGACAAAACAAAACCCCCAAGCCAUACAGCCAUGCUCAAACAGAAUACGCAGGACAAAACACCAUAUUUGAAAACAGCAGACAUUGGUACCAAACUUGUACAUCCGUACACAAAUCAAGAUGAUACUGAAAUAAAUUUUCCCACUUCAGAGGCCAUUGGGAGGGCUAUCAGAGGACCUCAGCAGCUCUUCUGGAAGCCAAAUCAAACUCAAGAUAAUAACGUACUGGCACAGGGUUAUACAGACUCAGAACUGAAGCAGUCUGGAAUAUGUGAAUUCUGUCAAAAAGUUUUCCCACCAUCUACUACAUCCAGGGGGGAUUUUCUCAGGCAUCUUAAUUCACACUUUUUUAAAGAACAAUCAAUGUAUCCAGAAGAAAGCUGAAUAAGACUUUGUAGAGAUACUGGGUUGCAAUUUUGUGUAUAUUUCAUUUUUAAUUCAAGUAUGUAUGUUAAUUUCAGAAUUAAGACUAUGUUCAUAAUGAUGAACUUAACUGAAACACAGUUUCAGUAACAUGUUAAAUGUAAAUUUUAAAAAUUUGAAAUUUGUAAUUUUACACAUUUAAAUUACCCAGUAGAAAACUGUAAUGCAGUUUCACUUCAGUAUGUCGUAUUGCAAUAUGAGCUUUGGGCCUGAUCCUACAAACCUUUUCUUACACAAGUUAUCUUCACCUGAGUAGUCCCACAAUAAUUGACUACUUGUGUGAGGUAAGGACUACUUGCAUGAGUAAAUGUUUGCAGAACUGGGCCUUUAAUUUGAGGAGAUAAAGUGUGAGCAAUCCUAUCAAUUUUCCUCAGUAGCCUAUGGCCUGAUCCUACUCCCAUUGUAGUAAAUAGGAGCAGGAACAGGCCCUAAGAACAUUUGAAGGGCUAGGGAGGAAUCUCCAAUUUUGACUUAAGACAGGUUCAGUGUUGUAUUUAUAUUGUAGAUAAGGUUCUUGUAAAAUCACUAGAGCAGCCAAGUAAUAGGUAUGUCAUACUUAAGAUACAUUUAUGUCUUGUUUCUUACAUCAUUGGCAGAGAUCAGUGUAAUCAACAGUAAAACUAUUUUAGUAAACAGAUUUGUCUCACACUCUAGCUAAAAUGAAGAUUGCAAUGGUAUGUAUCUUUGGCAGAGGUACACUAUUAAAUUGUUAAUGUAUAUUGUUAGCAUUCAUAACUCAUGGAAAAUACUUAUUCCUCUAUGGGAGCUGAUAUGUGCUUUUACAUAGAGAGAAGAUUAGAUGAACUAGGUUACAUUUCCCCUAAAGCUAAAAGUUCAAAAGAUAAUUUAGCAUUUCUUGUGGUUCUCUACCGGAUGUUACUCAAAGGUUAGGGAUUUUUUUUUUUUAAACUGAACACAAGUCUUCAGACCAAAAUACAUGUCUCUCUUAAACUAGAAAACAUUCUUAAACUACAAUUUAAAUUUUGAUGGCUGUGUGUAUUUUAUGAAUGCUAGAUCAGCUAACUUGCAUUUUGUUUUUAAACAGUUGAUGUGCAAUGAUCUCUCCCAGGAGAGCCUUCUGCACUUUGACUGGACAGUUCCAGUCCAGACCUAAGUCGUUAUUAGCAUUAAUAUAUUUUCUGAAGCUACAGGUAAGCAUGGGCUAACUUCUCUCUGUUCAAAGAUUUAUUGGGUGAUGGUAACCAUUUUACAAAGCUAAAGGGAAAUAUAAAUCUUGCAUCAUUUUUAGAAGUGGAUUUUUAAGUCAACUGGAGAAUACUCCUACACUAAACAUUUUUCUACAACUGUUUACUGUAGUUUUAAGUGCCUGCUGUGUAUGUGACUAGCUGUUGGCUGAUAAUGUAUUGUAAUAAAGUGCAGGGUACAGUGCUUGUCUGUUAA